AUGACACAUGUAAAUAUAAACAAUACACUCAAUUCAAAAAAUAGAAAUCCAUCAUCUAUUGACACAAAAAUUUUUGUGAUUCAAAAAUAUUUUCAAUUAUGGAGAGCACAACCAACUAUAACUAGUUGUUACGAUCAUGACAAAAAUGGAAUAAAAAGAGUUGACUGUUUAUUUGUUAAAGGAGAGCCAAAAUUCGUCAAAAAUCAAGCUGGAGAUGAUAAAAUGAUUAAAUUCAAUAUUACUUGUAAUUUUCCAGAAAAACUAGGUUUUUGUGACAAAGUUACAAAAAACUUGGACACUACAGGGAAAAUUAUUUCUGAUGUUAUAAAAUUUAGCGAACCUAUCACCGUAGAUAUCGCUUUUAAAUCACAAGAUCCAGCUUCAUUAGGUUUUGCAAGGUCAACCAGAAGAAUUAGGUUGAAGGGUGGGGAUGGAGUGGUCAGACUGUAUCCACAAUCAUUAGUAAAGCAAUUCGGACUUGCAACACAUCCGGAAUUUUUACCUUCUGACAUAACUGCAGAGUUUAACUCCGAUUAUGAAUAUUGGUUUGAAGACGAUGUAACUCCAAUUACUCCAAAACAGACAGCAUUUGUACUAUUGACGAUACACGAACUUAUGCAUGGCCUGGGAUUUUUGUCAUUAUGGCGUCCAAAUUUUUCCGGCGAAAAUGUGACAGAAUUGGUACCAUUUCCCAAUUUCAUUGAUGCUCCUACUCCUCCAGCAGUAAUAUUUAAUGGUUUUUAUGAGAGUAUAUUUGAUAGGUUUUUGAUAGUAUCAGAAAGUGGCACACCAUUAUCCAGUUUCACAGCCGAAUUAAAUACUUUUGCAACAAUAGGCACACAAUUUGACUCACUUGAUGAUUUUUAUGCCAAAUUUAAAGCGUCUCCUCAGUAUGCAAAAGCGACUGAGAUGUUAAAAUAUAGCACAACACCUUUAUCAUUGGCUUUCUUAGCAAAAGGCUUGGAUUUUAAAACAAUUGUACCAGAUAAAACUGCUAAUGAUUCAUUGUAUUAUUUGGAAACCAGUCUAGUACCUUACAUAUCAGGAUCAAGUGGUACUCAUGUGAGUCUAGAUUUGUAUGAAAAAACGAGCGAGUUCAUAAUGGUUUAUCUGAUAAAUCUAGGAAGAGGAGUGAAGGAUGCAAUCAAAGAUGGUGGCAAUUAUGUUGGGGGAGCAAUUGGACCUAAACUUAAGUCUGUUUUUGAAUCAAUGGGCUACACGACUGCAGAUAAUCUAACUCCGGAAAUCCCGACUGUGCCUGAUGUGCCAGUAAUUAUGUAA